AUGCUUUGCCGCCUGCACUUCAUGCCGCCUGCAUCCAGCUCGCUGUUCCCAUGGCUGGGACCCGUCCGUACCCUUUGGCCGCAUCCAGGCACCCUCUUUGCCGAGCUGGAGCGAGAGCUGCGACUGGAGAUGGAGAGGGCUCGGGAGUUCAUGAGCAGCUUCGAGCAGUUCCUGAGCAGCGGGACAGGCCCCGGCCGGAUCGGCAUUGCCGCAGAGUGGCAGCCUUGGCAGGAGGAGGUGCAUGGGCCUCUGCGUGACCGCCUCUCUUGUCCCUCCUCCCAGGCAAAUGACGCCUGCAAGUGCAACGGCUGGAAGAACCCCAACCCUCCCACCGCCCCCCGCAUGGACCUGCAGCAGCCAGUGACCAACCUGAGCGAGCCCUGCCGGAGCUGCGGCCAUGCACUGGCCGACCACGUGUCCCACCUGGAGAAUGUCUCGGAGGAAGAGAUCAACCGGCUGCUGGGUAUGGUGGUGGACGUAGAAAACCUCUUCAUGUCGGUGCACAAGGAGGAGGACACGGACACCAAGCAGGUGUAUUUCUACCUGUUCAAGCUCCUGCGGAAGUGCAUCCUGCAGAUGAGCCAGCCUGUGGUCGAGGGGUCCCUGGGGAGCCCCCCCUUUGAGAAACCAAACAUUGAGCAGGGAGUCUUGAACUUCGUCCAGUACAAGUUCAGCCACUUGCCACCCAAGGAGCGGCAGACCAUGUAUGAGCUCUCCAAGAUGUUCCUGCUCUGCCUCAACUACUGGAAGCUGGAGACGCCGUCCCAGUUCCGGCAGCGCUCCCAGAAUGAUGAUGUGGCCACCUACAAGGUCAACUACACGAGGUGGCUGUGCUACUGCCAUGUGCCACAGAGCUGCGACAGCCUUCCCCGCUACGAGACCACCCACGUCUUCGGGCGCAGCCUCCUCAAGUCCAUCUUCACCGUCACCCGUCGGCAGCUGCUGGAGAAGUUCCGAGUGGAGAAGGACAAGCUGGUGCCAGAGAAGCGGACGCUGAUCCUCACCCACUUCCCCAAGUUCCUGUCCAUGCUGGAGGAGGAGAUCUACGGCGAGAAUUCUCCCAUCUGGGAGGCUGAUUUCACCGUGCCGGCCGCAGAGGGUGCCCAGCUGGUGUCUCGCCCAGCCACGGUCAGCACCGUUGCUGUGCCCACCACGCCACUCUUCAGCAAGAAGCUCAGCAACAGCAGCUCUGCUGCGAGCAUGGAUGCCAGCACCCCAGAGCCCCUGCCAGGGGAGAAGCGGAAGCUGCCCGAGAGCCUGACGCUGGAAGAUGCCAAGCGGAUCCGUGUCAUGGGAGACAUCCCCAUGGAGCUGGUGAACGAGGUCAUGCUGACCAUCACGGACCCCGCUGCCAUGCUGGGCCCCGAGACCAGCCUGCUGUCGGCAAACGCGGCACGGGACGAGACGGCCCGGCUGGAGGAGCGCCGUGGCAUCAUCGAGUUCCACGUCAUCGGCAACUCGCUCUCGCAGAAGUCUAACAAAAAGAUCCUGAUGUGGCUGGUGGGCUUGCAGAACGUCUUCUCGCACCAGCUGCCCCGCAUGCCCAAGGAGUACAUCACUCGCCUCGUCUUCGACCCGAAGCACAAGACCCUGGCACUGAUCAAGGACGGCCGAGUGAUCGGGGGGAUCUGCUUCCGCAUGUUCCCCACCCAGGGCUUCACAGAGAUAGUCUUCUGCGCUGUCACGUCCAACGAGCAAGUGAAGGGCUACGGGACGCACCUGAUGAACCACCUGAAGGAGUACCACAUCAAGCACAACAUCCUCUACUUUCUCACCUACGCGGACGAGUACGCCAUUGGCUACUUCAAGAAGCAGGGCUUUUCCAAGGACAUCAAGGUCCCCAAGAGCCGCUACCUGGGCUACAUCAAGGACUAUGAGGGGGCAACCCUGAUGGAGUGCGAGCUGAACCCCCGCAUCCCCUACACUGAGCUUCAAGACGCAGAGGGAAUCAUCAAGAAGCUGAUUGAGAGGAAGCAAGCGCAGAUCCGCAAGGUCUACCCUGGCCUGACCUGCUUCAAGGAGGGCGUGCGGCAGAUCCCCAUCGAGAGCGUCCCUGGCAUCCGAGAAACAGGAUGGAAACCGCUGGGGAAGGAGAAGGGAAAAGAGCUGAAGGAUCCAGACCAGCUCUACAACACCCUGAAGAACCUCCUGGCCCAGAUCAAGACCCACCCCAGCGCAUGGCCCUUCAUGGAGCCGGUGAAGAAGUCAGAGGCACCGGACUACUAUGAAAUCAUCCGCUUCCCUAUUGACCUCAAGACCAUGACCGAGCGCCUGAAGAACCGCUACUACGUCACCAAGAAGCUGUUCAUCGCCGACCUGCAGCGCAUCAUCACCAACUGCCGCGAGUACAACCCCCCCGACAGCGACUACUGCAAGUGUGCCAACACCCUGGAGAAGUUCUUCUACUUCAAGCUCAAGGAGGGGGGGCUUAUUGAUAAGUAGGGGAGCUGGCCUGGAUCCGCCUUGGCCACUGGCAUCCCCCUGGGAGGGGCAGGGCUCCCCAUGGGACCUGGCCCCCCUCCGUGGGCAGGGGCUGCU